AGAAGGUAUAAACUUCACUCUAUCUUUUUUCUUCAGUCACUUUAAAAAGUACUGUUUCCUGGAGAUAAAGUAACUUGGGUGGAGCUAAAACUCUUGAAGUGCGUUUGUAUUAGACUCAGUUGCCGCUAACUGAUGCGGGACUCCACUUGGUUGUUACUGCUUGUUGAGGCUGUUCUUUUCUUGGAGCCCUCUGACUUUGCAACUCCUUAAAUGCUGGUAUCAAGCAUGAAGUAGGUUUUGGGGGCAAUGCUAUUGUGGAACUGUCUUAUAGGAGAAGUUAUACUCAGUUUUGGAGCUUCUGUUUUAAUGCUUCUGUUGUUACUGAAAUCUGAGAUAAGUUGAAAACUCAAUGUCCUGUAAAAACAUUUUCUGUUGUGAAAUAUAAGACUACAGCUGGUUUUCCUGCUUAAUGUACUUGCUUCUCCCACUUGAAAAUAAAAAAGUGGCUGGCACAUCAAUGAUCAACCUUCUUUGCUUCCUAUUAUGGAAGGAGUAUCAUAUGGCACUUCUCUUUAACUUGCCAGCUUAGUGAUAAUAUGGGGGUGAAUCACUGUUGUGUAGUAGCCCCUUCCUAAUAACAUGAACCUUCCCAAGGUGUGCAAAUAGCUCACAACAUGGAGCAAGAGCUGAUUGUAGUACAAGGCUUGGCAAAGAGUUCUGUCAGAGCUACAACUUGGAAAUGAUGAUAGUUACUCUGAAAACUGACUUCCAGUCACUGCUUUAACUGAGCUGUUUUGUUGAAACAGACUUAGGGGAUUCACCAUCUGGGGAUCUCCAUGCAAGUAAAUGUUUAAGUCAAGCUUUUGAGAAUGGAAGUUUGGGUGUAUGUUGUGUUAUUCAAAUAAAUCAGAAGAAUGAUGGUGUAGUUCAGAUAUUUACAUGGAAAAUAACACAGCUGGAAAAAAAAAACAAGCAUUACGUAAGACAAUUCCAUCUUAGAGCCUUAAUAGCAGUUAUCCUAUUCAAGCUUUUUUUGUUGUUGUGCCUCUUUGAACUGUGGAUCAAACUAUAUGAAGUGAUAAACCUGAUUUUGCAAACUUAUCAAGAUAUCAUUAGAAUCUGUUUACUUGGAAGCUAAAAGGUUUAAAAGUGGGUUCAGAGGCUGGUUACAGCAUCUCAGCUUGUAAGUCAAAACUUACUUUUCACGCAUUGUACUUUCUAGGUCUGCCAAGUAAAUAAGAUGUUGUACUUCUGUUGAUAGAAGAAUUCUGUAGUAUUGGGAUGAAUUUUCCUUUGACUUUUUUGAGAUGGCACCUGGGGAACAGUUUCAGAGUACAGUUGUCUUGUUUCAGAUUUGUGGAGAGACAACAAUAUGGCAUGCUGGGAAUGUGUUUUGGGUGUGUCAUGUGUGUUUUUGUUUGUUCAUUUGAUUUCAUCAGGUGUAGGCAUCUGAACCCCUUAUCUAUAUCUAGCACACAAGUGCAUCUAGGUUCAUUCUAAGCUUGCACCUACACAAUAAGCAUUGACUUGGGCUUCAUAAGAGCCAGUGCAAUAUGUCUGGAAUAAGUAAAUGUCUUACUGCCUUUUUCUGCUGGUUGUGUGGCUUUGUGUACUGAGUUUUGCCUUGACCUAGCUCAAAGGCUGUACCUUUAACUUGCCAUUUGUAGAGCUUUAGUCUGGACAAGUUGAUUAAAUGCAGUGCAUAUAUUGUAGUUUUGGUGGCUAGUUUGAAAAUGGGAAGACCUUUAUUUGAAUGUGGAAAAUAACGGACUUCAGCAUAUGAGUAACCAAGAAAAUUCAAAUAGUUUGUUUUACUUGUGUGGUGACCUAAAAGUUAGGUGUGAUAGUUGUGUCUUAAGUUACUGGAAUGUCUUAUUCUAAGUUGAAGUGACUUUGCUCCCUGAAUUUCAGUUAUAUACUUCCUUGCUAUCCUCAGGAGAAGCUACACUAUUAGAAAUCCCAUGCUUUUGAGAGCAUAAAAGUUACAAAUUGAGAGGAAAGCCUUGAGCCAUUAACUCUUAAGGAUAACUUUGUUUCCUGAGGCAAAGAAGGAAACACGCUGUGGAUCAACUGAUGUUAUUGGAACAAAUGUGUUGUGAAGCUUUAGGUUUUUGAGGGAGUGCGCUGGGCUUCUCCGGUGGUUUGCUUUGGGGGAUUAGUUUAAAGCAGCAGGCAAUAAUGAUGAAACAAGGGUUCAUGCUGCUGUGUAUACAGAUGGUUGUUUUUAUUUCUAUUUAAAUUGGCAAAUGAGUCUUACUCCCUGAGAAGAGGGGACACUCAGCAAUGCAGCAGAUGAGACAUUUGAUUCCUUUGGCAGAUCUUGGGCACUUGAGAAAAGGAAACACACCUUGUAACAUCGGUUGCUGUGCUUGUUCUGCCUUGUACUUUGCUAAGGCCAAAAUGUCAAUUGCAGUUUCUGAAAGGUGACACAGGUGCUCAAGCAAAGUGACUUCACAAGAUUUAUUUUCUAAUGAGGUGUAUUAUCCAGCACUUGAGGCAUCUAUAGUCUUUGUCAUAACUUUACCACCUUAAAAAACUCAUUUGAAUCUUGGAUCAUGUGUUGAAAGCUGAUGUGGGAAUAUUAUGUAUUCCAUUAAUUGCAAGUAUUAAGGGAUGCACUUAUAAAUGUACCGUAGUCUGACAGUUAAAAGUGAGAUUAAAACAUCCCCCCUUUUUUUUUUUUUGUGAGAAUAAUGGAGGUUGGGAAUAGUGCUAGGCAGAUAAGAACUUCUCCCUCAGAAAUACUCUGUUCUCUACUGCAUCACAAUCAGGAAUUGGUUUUGUCCUUACUGAUAAACAAAGUAUAUGACAGUGUUGGUAUUUUUGACAAAUCUUUGAAGAAAAGGUAAUGUAAGCUCCAAAAAUCUUGGCAGCUGAAGUGCAGAACUCAGCUGCAUCUCAACUGUGUGACUUUCUGCUGACAGUGCAUUUCAAAUAUCUAUUUCUGCAAUUGUUAGUUUUUGUGUGAAGGGUAUUCUUUCUGACUUUCAUACACAUAGCUUUACAUAAUUUGUGGGGAAAAAAUCUAAAAUGAUUACUUAGUAAUCUACAGUGGAUAAAGUUCCCCUAGUCUGAGGGAGAAAGUAUUGUAUUAAGUGUUUUUGAUAACCCUAACCUCAGUGGGAAUAAGAUUUGUCUUCUGUAAUAUUAGUUUUUGUCCUAGAUGGCCUUCAAGCACUGUUUGUACUUCAUGUCACCUAUACUGAGGUAGAGCUGUGGCUAAACUUCUCAUUUGUGUUCUCGCUUGUCCUUGUACCAUGAAAUAAUUGAGCAAAGACAGUGCCAGAUGAGGACAAGUUGUGAGAGGAUGCUAAUUUUGGAUGUAAAGUCUACUGGGAAUUCUGUACCAUCAGGACUUAAAUAUGGUUUCAUGGGUCGUGUUUGUGUAUGGAGAGAAAUGUGUGCCUGGAGCCCUGUGGCGAGGGUGAGCGGGUGCCCUGCGGAGGCCACUGCAAGAACAGAAGGUGGAGGCAAAGAUCCCAAAUAGUGGAGCACUGACUUGGAGCAGGAGGCUCAGACCAGUUGGAUUUGGGGAAGGUACUGGGAGCUCCCCCUGCUCCCAGGCUGAGAACGUUGGUGUGAUGAGUUGUGCCUGUUCCUGUGUGGGAGAGCAGCUUGACCUGGGUGCCUGCAUCAUUAUCCCCAUUCCUGACCUUGGUGGAGUGUGUUUAGGGUGCUGUUUUAUUUCUUUUUAUUAUUAUUAUUAUUAUUUAAAAAUAGAAAUUCUUACUCAGCACUGGUGAGGCCACCUGGAGAACUCCAUCCAGUUCUGGGCUCCCCGGGGCGAGAGAGAUGUGGACACGUUGGAGAGAGUCCAACAGAAAGCGUCAAAAUAAGAGUUAAUUUAUGAUUAUACUGUGCUAGCUAUUGGGCACUUUGCUUACGUUUGUCAUGUUAUACUCAGCACUCUACUAGGAGGACUCCUGUUCAUACAUUUUGGGUUUUUAAAUCAUUAGUAUUGUACCUAGCUGCUGUUUUAGAAAAUGUAGUGUUCAAAUGCAGUGAGAAGGUACAGUUCAACUGCAGUUAUAAACUCUUCAGCCUAUAGGUACAGGGCAGUGAGCAGCUUUUUGAGUGAUGAGGUUAAGCUUUUAAAAGGAUUUUGUAAAAUCAGAAACCCUUCGGUUCUCUCCUGUCUGUAUGGACUGUUCAACUGUAAUUCUUCCCAGUCUUCUGGACAGAGCUUUUGAUCCAAAGUUGUUUGCAGUUAAUUAGCACUUCAGUUGUAAUUGUGAUAAGGUUAUAAAUACUGCAUGAAGCUUAUGACUAAUGUUAGAAAUAAGAUAACGGUGCCAUCUCACUUAGACAUAUUUGAGAUAUCAAGGAUCUAUGACUUCUUAGAAAGCUUGUUUUGAAUUUCUAAUUCCAAGGUGGAAACAGAAGGGUUGUCAGAUUCCCUGGUUGGUAGUGAUUCUGUUGUGGGCAGCUGGCAAUUCCAAAGCCCUCUGGAAGUAUUUAAUGUCUUUUUUUUUUUUAACUGGAUGGAAGCAGAUGUGUUCCUUAAUCAGUAUGUGCACAUUCAACCUCAUUAAUGCCAUUUCAGGAUUGUGACUAAUAUCCUAUAUGGAGCCUUCAUAAUGGUACAGAUGAAAGGGUGUUUAGAUGGCAGUGCAUUUCUAACUCAGUGAAUAACUUGUUUUUUCAUUUUUGUUUUCCUGUUACUUAAGUAAGCUUAAGUUAGCCACUCAAGGAAGCAAGUUCCAAAAAUACGGAGUUGAUGUGUACAAUAUGUGUAAUUUCAGUGUCUUGUUUAGUAGCUUUGUUUGUUUACAUAGUUGGAUAAUGACUGUAAACCUAAUGAUUAGACAGCUAUUUUGUUUGUUAAUUUCCCUUUCUGUACGUAAGAAAAAUACAGGGAAACAAAGUGACUCUGAAGAAUACUAGAAUCUGUAGCUUUAGCUGUAUUGCUUUCUCUUUGUUUAUGAGAAGCUUCAGAUACAAACUUUUAGUCUUUUUUUAAUCACUUUGAAGGGGUUGAAGGACUGUUUAUCGCCUGGACCAAAUCAACAGUCGAUACAAUUAAACUUGAAACAUGUAGGAAAAUUUAAUUUGACUUGGACUUGGUAGGGCUUAUGUUUUCUAUUUAAGUAAAGCUGCAGAUGAAGUUCUUCCUGUUAGUAGAUUUUCUAUUAGUUUAUACCACUAUAUCUGUAUUUUGCAGCUAUACUUUUCAUUAACAUAACCAGAAGGUGGACACAGCAAGAUAGUCACUGUUGCUGGAUUUUGUAGCAUUGUGACUUAUGCCACUGUAUCUGUUUAACAAAGUGGUGACAGUACGAAUGUGUGAUUUCCAUUAUCUUACUGCUUCAGCGUCCCAUGCUCAGGAGUGCAGCCAGGAAGCCUGUCUUUUAGGUAUCACAGCAACUGUGUUCUCUAGAGAAAAUAGGCUAAAAGUGUGGCACUCUGUGUGCCCAUACAGACAUUUAAUUGUAUACCACUUAACUUUGCAGCUGCUCAUGUAUCUGAGUUAACUAGUUGUGAACCAAAAGCAAGGCUUUCUGCAUCAUUUGCUUGGUUACCCAAGACACGUCUUGGGACCUUAAAUGAGGAUGUGACUGGCAUAUGAAUUUGUACCAACAUGGAAAACAAGUUUAGCAGGAAGACGGAUUAGGUGUUAGACUUCAGCUGCAUCUCUGAAUGUGCUUGGCUUGCAUUUUUAUGUUACAAAGUGUUUCAUUAUCGAAAGGCAACUUGUACACAGAGUAGUAGUUGCUAGGAUAACUGCAGCAUAGUACUGGACAGAAGAUGUAAUUUCCAACUAAUGACACGUGAAAGUAUUUGCAUUUGAGUGUAGGAUCGCCUGUACUUUCAUUGGAGUCUGAUGCAAAUGAACUCAGUGAUCUGAGGAUCUAGCAUGGGAAUAAAAUCUUUGAUAUGCCUCUGUAUUCUGUGCUGUCAGAGUCCAUUCUUCUCUGUGGAGUCAAUAGUUAGCAGGCAUGUUCUAUCACAACUGCACCUUCUCUGGGCCAGGAUCGCAACAUUCAUGAACAUGCUGUUGUAAGACAUGUAGGGAAGAGAUGCAGAAAGGCAACUACAGCAGUAGGAACCUACAGCAUUUCUCGUUGUGAACUUGGCCUGCUGAAUUACUCAUAUUGCUUUCAAAAUGUCAAGCUCGCUGUGCAAGAUACAGAAGGUAUCACUAAGCUCUUAGUAAUGUUGAAAUAGUAUGAAGGAUCACUUGAGCUGACGUUGGAUUCUUAGAUAUGAAUGUUGUUGCCUCUUAUAUAUAACUAAUGUAAAGGUAUGUUAGGCUUUAGUGACUAAGUGCUUCAUGAUAUAUGAAGAUUAAAUACCGAUACUUCUGCCAUAGUGUAUUCUUACGGUCAUUGUACUGCUCAGAAUCACCUGUAGACUUGGUAGACACUUAUGUUCUGGCAAAAAUGGCAUGAUCUUGGAAGGAUGUGACAAACAGGGCCUGAUAGGAAAUAGUCAAAAGUCAGAGAUAGGAACUGUGUGUGAUCAAUUAAUUGGCAUACAGCCUCAUAUCUGCUGUUCUAGCUUCUUUUGGAGGCAUGUUAGGAAAUGGGUAUCAGGUGAGAGAAAGUUGGGCUAUAUAUCUUUUAUUUGGAUUAACUUCAGUGUUUAGCACUAGAACUAAAAUGAUAGCUUGGAAAAUCUUAAUAGAUAUGGGCAUUUUACAGGAAGAAUUCUGAUAAGGCAGUUACAAAUAAUUUUGUUAUUAAUUGCACCAGCUCUGUUUCUGGUUAGAAGGUAAUACUGAUUGUAUUGCCAAGGGUACAAAUGUAAACAAUCAAAAUUAAUAAAUAAUGACAAGAAGGAAAAAUGUUCCUUUGCUUUCAUGAACAUAAAAUCAAUGAUGUAGUAGAGUUUAAAAUGCUUUUGUAAUAAAGCUCUGUUAGUAUUUUCAAUACACCCUAAAGUCUUAUUAAGAUUUUUUUUGUUUGUUUGUUUUGUGAAUAAAGCUGAGUAAUAAUUUUCCUUCAAAAUACAUCGCUCCUAGAAAACUUGAUUCAGGCUGCUGUUUGAACUUGGGACUGAAAGAUUUCUGUGGGUCUCUGGGCAAGUUUGUGAUUCCUCUGCACAGGAUGGUGACAGUGAAGUGUAGCUGCUUUGCAUUGUACAAAAUUGUAAAAAUUGACAGUGCUACUGGUAUGCUCUGAAUAUGAACAAAAUCUGUAGCUUCACCCUUGGUGCAUAUGGGACUUUACUAUAGUAAUUUAUCACUUUUCAAUUGCAGUUUUGUAAUUUGAGUGUGAAUCUGUAGAUUCACCCUUGGAGUUGAGUAAAUGAAAGCAGGAAGGAAUAGAAACAAGCUUUGGAAAACUAUUCCUGUACCCUGUGGCAACUAAUCUAUUUAGUCCCAUUUAGUUACUUUUCUCAUGCAAAAUAAGAUUCUAAUUUUAACCUACAUUAAGCUUCAAACAUAGUUCACUGCUAUGAGAUUGCAGCAUUUAAUAGGAUCUGGAUGUUAAACAAUCCAUUAGCUUAUGGAUGGAGGGAUCUUGCUAUUGACUUAACUAGAAAAAAUUAAGUUUGAGUGGGGUGGAGUUGACCCAAAGGGCACAACUCGCUUAAGGCAAAAAAUACUCUGAAUACGUAGGUGCACAACAUCUGAGAGGGGAGUAAGGGAUGUGUGUUAGUCAUCUGGGUAACAACAAUGCUGGCCAGGUUAGAUGGACCAAUAUUUACAGCAGACAUCUGCCUCAAUAGCUGUUUAAUGCCCUUUAAAGCCAGAAUUUUAUAGCUGCAGUCAGGAGACCUACAUGACUCACAAAAGGACUGCUGCUCCGGCGAUGUUUUGCUUACUGGAACAUCUUGCUUCCUGCAUAACAGAGUGAAUCCAGUUAGAAGGUUGCUGGUUUGAUUUAUGAUGCUAAUUGAUGUGGUAGUUGAUGUGAACUGCAUGUACUAAUUGCUCACUUGCUAAUCUUUUCCAAAUUAUCUGACAAAAGCUUUUAAAAUGAAACAUUACAUGUUUUUUAAAGCUGGUCAGCAUACAAACAAACAAUUGGGGGCUCCUGUUUUUCUUGUAAGUGCCUGAUCCAAGCACUGAUCCGUUUUAGUCACCGUGAUUUUACAGGAAAACUUCAGUGUCUUUAAUAUAGUCUCGUUGUUCUUUGGGGUGUUUAAACAGACUGUAGAAAAUACUUUCCCAGAGCAUGAUUAUUUUUUAUUUUCUUCAACUCUAUCAUUAUCAUUGUCUGUAGGGUAAGUGUAGAAUAUGCAUGAUACUUGAUUUUUAGGUAAUGAAAGACAUGAUGUACCAUUUGAAUUGCUGUUGUGCAGAUGUGCCAGUCAGUGCAGCACAAACUGCAGUAAGAAAAAAAAAAAAAAAAAUUGAAGAUAAUAAGGUACAUUGGUUUCUGAUUCUUGUAAAAGAAACGUAUAUUGAGUAUUUUAUUUACUGGGCAAACCAAUCAACUUCAAUGUAACCUGGAAAGCCUUUGUAUUUCUGGGCUGAUGGUUGGGGGAAUCUUAGAUUAUGGAAUGCAGGAGCACAAAGAUUACUUUUAUCUUUUCUGAAAUAAGGAAAGACGUGUUUGAGGAGAGGUGAGUAAUAGCUGAUUCUUCAGUUUUGAGGGUUGUACAGGCUGUUGUCUGUGAAUGAGGUAGCUGGGCAAAAUCUCUUCUGUAGCUGCAGCUCUGUCACUUAUUGUGUGUUAUGGUGACAUAAAAUAUCUUCAUGUUAGAUUAAAGUUUCUGACAGAUGGGCGUUUGCCAAAAAUGUUACUCUGUUAAUAUUCCAGGAUGAUUUAGAUGCUUUACUGGAUAGCAAGUUUUUUAAUUUGGGACUUGCUGUGGGAGCAACAAGAACUGGAUUAGUCAAUUUGGAGGAAAAACAGGGAUUUACAUCCUGUUGUUUGGCUGUAACUUGAAUGUAGGCUGUUAACAGGAAGAGGCAAAAUACCUCAGUGACCUAAAAAGUGUGUCCCUUUAUGGACUACUUGAUGUUAGGUAAUGGUAUACUAUUAAAAUUAAUGCUUACAUAUAUAUCCCUUGAUUUGCAAACUAGGCCAGUGCAGUAGCUUUUUUAAACCUUGGUAGAUAAACAGGGUAAAGAAAUUUUGCCAGAAUUUAUAAAGAGCAAGGUAGUGUACUAGUGCUGUUUCAGAUUUUUUUUCUUUUAAUUAGUAUGUAAAUAAGGUGGCUUCCUCAGAUUAAGCCAGCUACCUGCUAGAAACUUGAAUAAAAAUCAUCUUGGAAGAAAGUGACACUCAAGUGAGGCAUUUUAGGAGUUGUCUGGUAGUCCUUAAUUUCAGUGAAAGGUGCUCCCUGAGGAACCUCUGUUACUGUGCAAUGUUGCUAUGUUUCUCCAAGAUUAUCUGACAUUCUGCAGCUUUUUUGUGUGUGUAGUUUUUAUAAUAUUUCUGUACUUGCAAUAUGGGGAGGUUGCUUAUGAGGUAAGUGCUGGUAUUUGAUAAAAGCUGUUCAAUGAUCACACAUUAGGUGAAUCAAAUACAGAUAAAUAGGUCUGUUUACAAAUGGGGUUACAUAUUUUUUUUAAAACAAAAUCAGCGAGGCUGUAAUGUUUAAAAAAAACAAACAAAAACCCCAAAUAAACAAAACCCCAAAAGUCAAACAACCAGCUACAAACAGACACUAACAUAGCUGUGUAAAUCUCUGUUCUUCCUGACUUGUAUGUUUUUGUUUAGUAAUACUCAGUAGGUGGCUCCAGAUACUAUUGUACUUGCUGUGAUAAAUCAGAGGUACUCAAUCAAGCUUUAAUCCACAUGUUACUUUAAAAGAUUUGGAUGAUUAUGUGAAAAAAAAAAAAAAAAAAAAAACAAACAAAAAACAAACAAACAAACCGGCACUAAUUGUGUGACUGUUGUAAUGUGUUACAGAAAGCAAUGCCUUUGGAAAGCUGCUUUCUUCCCAUUGUCUACAUGUUGGUUGUCAAUGUGAGUCUGUUUGUGAAUAUGAAUAUUGGAGCUGGAACAAAAGCUCGUUUCCUUGGAUGGAGAUGUUGAUGCUGAUGUCUCAGUGCAGGUGUGGGAGCUGUUACGGACUGUGUACAGGGUGGUCAGUCCAUGUGGAUGCUGCAUGCUGUUGGUGUUGCUGACACUAAUGCUAACCAGACUGAAGCUGGCCCCAAUAUGUGGAGAAAGUACUUUAGUUCUAAAUGCAAUACAUUUUGAAAUGUGUUUUCCUGCAAAUUCUGGAACAGUUUUGUCUUGAAAAACAGGCAGUAACACAAAUAUGAAUUAUGUCUAUUCCCUCUGUAUCGGUCUCUUGUUUCCAUCUGUUGACGUGUUAAUCAAGUCAAUAAGAAGACCAUUCAUAGCUGGGUAUGUCAGCAGAGAGAGAGAGGAUAUUUAUGGACCUCAGGGAACAUAUUCCCCAGACAGCGAUUAAGAUACGAGUUUCACUGAGGAUAGUGUGUAGAGAAAACUACAGUAUGCCAGAAAAAUCCUCCACUAUCUCAUGACUCUGUCUAGUUGGGCUGAGUUCUGUCAUCCACACUUGUGUUCUCAGGGUGGUCUGUGGGUCUCCUGUGAUGAUUGUGUCUGGAUUGAAAAAAACUUAUUUGUGUGCAUAACAGGCAUUUGUUGAAACACUGAAGUGUAAAAAGCCAAAAUCAAGAAGAGUGCGGUGAGGUUCAACUUGAAGAUACAGGAUUUAAGUUCCAUAAAGCUCUGAAAAAGCAGAAGGGAUGGCACUGUGGUAACACUGAUUAUGAACUGUCCUUUAGAUUUUGUGUUGCCCAAUUAUUGGAGUAGUAACAUCCUGCACAUAUUUAAAUAAAAACCAAUGAUAGUUAAGUCUUCUGUCUAAUCAAGAGUGGUUUGAAAGCCCAUUCUGUGGGUCCUGCUGCUCCUGGAAGCAGUUGCUAAAACAGCCUCUAUAUAUGGUUGUCUUGAGUAAAAAAAAAGGUUAACAAAUGGAAUUUGGAUACAUGGGAGUUAUGUAUGAGAAAGUGGUGCUAGUUUUAAUCUUCUAGUUGGAAAGGUGGACAAACAAACUAACUUUGCAUCUCACAUUUUUCAUCACCAAAGUCAGCGCGUGGGGAGAGAAUGCAGGAUUUAUUUUUUAAAUUGUACAGCUUGAAAGCAAGUAAUUCCUAUGAAGCUGUAAAAAUUGCUUUUAACGGUCAAGAUAGCUAUAUACAUAUGAGGUAUGGGGUAGUUAGUGUUUUCCUAACUUGAAAAAAAGUUAUUUCAUAGCGUUUGCCUCCAAGCUGGACAAACAGGCUAUUGAAAGGUAGGUGAUGGCCAGAAUGUAGAGGCCUCAAUGUACAUUGGUUUUAAUCUUGCAAACUUCAGGUGGUUGCAGACUGUUGGCUUUUGGGGAAAAAAAGAAGCAAAAUUCUAACAAUAGUCUAAGGCCAACAGCUGUUCCUGGGAGACUUGGAGGUAUAAACUGAAAUGACAGAAAUGGAGAGAAUUCUGAAGGCUUAUGCAUUGCCAUUUUCAUCUGCUUGGAUGUUAUGGAAGACUUUGACACUGGGCUUGGUUCUGCUGCUUGUGUCUUUGAGGACCAACUUUAAGACCAACUUCCAUAUUUAGACACUUAUACUGUACCAUAAUGAGCAUUUGAUUUAAAAGCAAGUAUGUUUAACUUCAAGUAGCCUAUGGCACCUGUUUAAUUUGCAUCUUCCAUCUACUUGUCAGGAAAUAUACAUAUUUGCAGUUUAUUUUUAAGUGUUUAAAAAGAAAAAAGGUAGAGUAUUAAUUUCCGGAAGUGAACAGUGACAGUAAAUCAAGUUGCUUUUAUUUAUGUUGUAUUCAAGUGAAAUGUGACAGGAGAGUAUUUGUAAGAAGGAACAUGUAAAGUACCUUGCUAAUGACAAAUUGUGAGAUAAGAUUGAAAUAAUCAUGAUUCAAAAUCAAAUUUACUUCUGAUCCUAUUUAGUGAAACAAAUUAGCCCAAUCCAGAUGGUUUCAGCAGGAGUUAAGUAAUAACAUUUCUAGGUUUGUUGAAUGGCAAAAUGGACAAAAUUGAGGGUCUCAUCCAACUGAAAUGAUUCUAUGAUUCUAUAAAAUCUGGUUUCCUGUGGGUCUGUCCUGGAGAGCUUCUCUGUAAAGAUGCCAGCAAUCCUGUGUUCUUAUUCCAUUCUGUGUGCUUACUUCUGUAAGACACACAACUUGUGCUCGGUGUUUACUCGUUAGGAGGUGAAACCUUUAUGUUAAGAAAAGGAUACGGUCUUUGCUGCUGUGUAACGUGUGGGCGACUGCUAAUCUUAUGGAAAUGAUCUAUUGAGCAGAUGAGGCCUGAUUAAUAAUGAAUGAAGUUGCUGCAGUACUAUGAGAGUCUUAAAAAAAAAAAUAAGCUUUUCUUAAAUUAUCUUAAACCUUGCAGGGUAAAGCCUCUUCAGGUUAGUUCAGCAAGCGAAGUUUGUAAACUGAGGGUUAUAUUUCUGUGCUUUGUGCCUUAGAAUUUUUUACAGCUUCCAUUUAACUUGAGUUCAAAAUAAGGUGAUGUGCUUCUUGAUGCCCAAUUCAGAUUUAGCUGAAAAUGAUUGUAGGAAUGUGAAAGACUUUUGGUAAAGUGGAGCAAUAAAGUAUGAACUUGCUAAAAAUGGAUGUAGAUCUUAACUUUAUUCUGAGAAUGUAGUUUAAGAGUGGCUGAGCCUAGGAUGAUUAAUUUGCUGUUGCUAAACGAAAGAGAUCCUUCCACCCCACCUGCCCCCUCUCACAGGUUGUAGCCCUUCAGAAACCAGCUCAGUGUAAACAUAAGUGAUUGUUUUACCAGGGCAGCAAGCUGAAUGAUCUUCCUUGGGGCUCAGGUGAGGAGUGGGAUUGUGCUGCAGGAUCUGGGACAGCUUGUUGGGGUGUUAGAAGCUACUGGCCCUGCUCUGUUUGCUGCCCUGCACCCAGACUUAGUUUUCCUCAAGCAUCAGGAGGUAGAUAGCAAAGCGCUGUACAGAAGCUAUUGAGGAGUAGGCUGUAAAAUAACUUCCAGGCUCUAAUGAACUUGAACCUGUUUCUCUGGAAGAUAUAUGCGUGUUCUCUUUAUCUGCAGCUGAUUGUAAAUAUGUUGAACCUGACUUGCUUGUAUAAUCAGCAGCCUAAGGUCUUAAUUAAUCUUGCCAAAAGGCUAUCAUACAUCAUCCUUAUGAUUGAUUUGCAUUUGCUACAUGCAAAUUAAAAUACCAUUAGAUUUGUACUGCAUGCAAGUCAUGCAGCUAAAAACAAUUUCUGUUUCAGCAAGAAGAAAUUCAUCAUACAAAAAAGUGCUGAAAGGUGACACAGCACAGUCUGUUUAUGCUGGCUAGAUGUUUAGGAUUUUGAGCUGAACACAGUGAGGCACAGUUGCAGUUUACUGCUCAUUUGAUGAUGGCUUUCAUAAGUAUCUGAUGUCUGUAGAUGCUAAGCAAAGGAAGUCUUCAGUAUUUCUAAGCCUUAAUCACUUUUAUCUUUUGGUGGACCUUGACUAUCUACAGCUGCUUCUUUUUAUGUGAUGAUCAAGUUGCUAGGGACUUGUGAGUUUGGAAGAGGCACCUUUAAAAGAUGGGGAGUAUGAAAGGUGCUUUUUUUUUGAAAAUGUGGCACCCACUAUAGUGAAGAAUGAAGGAUUUCUAAAACUUGGUAAACAUGUACUAUGUCCUAGUCUUGAAUGAAGUGUAAGCUGUUCCUGAAGUUGCAUUCUUAUAUAAGUGCUGCUUAGUGCUGGCUACAUUGUACGAUAUAACUCAAGUAAACUUUAAAUUAAAGGUUGACUGAUAGUCUGUUAAUGUUGAGGUAACUGUAGCACUUACAGGAACAACUGUUGGCCAAAACAUUCACUUAAGUUUUGCAUUGAACAAUUGGCAUUUUCUGGAAAAUGCUAAUUUAUCCCAGAGUAUAUGAGCGUCAGAGCACCAAGUACUUUUGACCGAUUUCCUUGCACUCGGUCCCUCUUCUCAUGGUCUGUUUGUACACAAAUCAGCCUGCUCUGUGACUGAUGCCUUCUGUCAGUGAGCAUGGGAAACAACGCAGAGCCAUAGAGAUGAGAAUUCUGCCUACAUGCACUUCCCAUGAAAGCACUUGUCAGGAGACUUUGUUGAAUGAAAAAAUAAGCUGGUGGGCCAAUGUAAAUCAGCCUUCUCAUGUUGUCUUAAUACUUCCUUUUUCCUAGCUGACCUGAUAUUGAAGUGUUGAAGUAGCCUGAUAAGUGAUGACUGCAGAUAUAUUCUAGUUAGAGCAGGAAGCCUUUUCAAAACAUGGAUCUUAAGCUUUCAAGAAAUGCGAUUUGUAUUUCAGUGAAUAGCACAGGAUUUAUGCUUUCAGGUUUUCAAUAAAAGUUAGACUUGCAUCACAAGUUACUAAGCUUUAGUGAAAAAAUCUCAGUGUUGCUGAACAAUCGUAUGUUUUUACCUUUAUUUUGAAGGUAAUAGGAACCUUUCUUCUAUUAGUAUUAUGAUUAAGUUGUUUGUUUACCUUGAAUUUAUUGCAGACAUAAAUUCCUGACAGGAAAGAAAAUAUAUGGAAUGAUAUUGCCUGGGAAAUAAACACACAGUUAUCAAAAGGAUGACACUUCAGCUGAAUCACUCUGUGUUAGGAGGAAUGUUGGAGGGAAACAAAUCCAGUUGGUGUGAAUUUAAGUAUCUGUUUAAGUGGAAGUGGGCCCAAGUUUUAUGUAUUGUUUAGAGUACCGCUUUCCUUUUUUUCCUUGUUUUUUUUUUUUUUUUUUUUUUUUUUUUUAAUGGAGAUUUUAUUCAGAUUGGCGGUGAAUGGGAAAGGACUGAUGUAAAGAGCAGAGCCAUUUGAAAGAGUGAGAACAAGACAGGGUGGUAGGUGGAAAACCACUGUGGGCUUGAGUGUGUUUGGGUUUGUUUUUUUGUGUGGUUUUUUUUUGUUUGUUUGUUUUAUUUGUGUUUUGGUUCUGUUAAAUCUGCUGGCUGGAGAUGUUGCCAGCAUGGACUUGUGUACUGGUGUCCCACAGUGGAUGAACAGCCACACAUUCAAGGUUUGAUCUCACUGUUGUUACAUCUGCUGUUUGCUGUGGGGGUAAUGACUACAGGUCUUCACCUCUGUAUCUAUAGACUGAGCAUUAAAGCCUUUAUUAAAAACAAAAGCCCAAACAAAAAAUCAAAACAAAAAAAAACCCCAAACCAUAACACAAACCUUCAGUUGGUUUUCAGGGGUUUUCCUUCAAGUGAGGAAAAUGCUCACAUAAAUCUUUUAUCUUGCAUGACAGAAGAGUAUCUGCUUUAAAGAGGAGCUGGCUGCCUCUGCAGGCGCUAGAAACAGGGUAGUCAGGCUGCUUUCAGGAAGCCUCUGAAAUCAGAUCUUUUUCCUAAUGGCAUGAGCUGAAGCGUAGAUGCUUCUCCUGGUUUAAAUGUGACCCGAGUGGCAGCCAAAGCUGUGUGAGGAAAGGGGAGGUAUGGCAGGGUGCUCCUCUGAACGAGGUCUGCAGCCACAGGCAGCUGCCUCUGAUAAUAUUCAUUAUCUGUCAAAUAACUAACCGCUUUUCUCAUGUUACCUAGAAAGAAAUACUAGCUGUUCACAAUCUUUUUUUAUUCUCCUCUGUGUAGGAGAAGGGGUGAUUAUUACCAGGUGUUUGUAAAUAGACAAUGUGUAUUGAAUGCUUGAAUCUGGUUAAAUGCUUGAUCCUGUAAUCACUUGCAGUGAUAAUCUUCACAAACAAAGCUACAAAAUAAUACAUUAUUUCCUAGAAAUACCUAGCAAGCUAGUAGGUCUGAUAGUUGUUUGUCAGUUAAAAAACCCCAUGCUUUCUGGUGGGAGACUUUCACUCAAAAUUGGAACUCUGGCUCAGUUUUGUUUGUGGGUUUAGCAGGCUGGAUAAGACACGAUAUUAAACAGUAAGUCAUUUAUUUAUUGGCUAAACUAUAACAGUACAGAAGCUCACCAGGCUUUGUUAUACAAAGCUGUGACUAAGUUGGACACCUUCAGAACUGUGUUUGGGAAACAGAGGUGCUUAUAAACCACGAUCUGCAUGCAGAGCGGGGCAGCGAUCAGUCUGACUGCUGCUAGCUGCUACUUGGAGCUAAUCUCUAUUUCACUGGGUUUUGUGGACCUGCAGAAUUCCUUUGCUGUUGAAUCAGGUGUAAGAUCCAUUGUGGCUGAGUAGCUUGGAGAAGGUUUUAAGCAGAACAGUGAUACUUUUUAGGCCUUUGUCAGAUACUUAUUUGGCUGUAACUGUCACAAGAUAACUGCAAUAAUAAAUAUUGCAAAGAAAGUGUAUCUUCUUGGUUCUCUGAGCAGUUGUUUUGAGAAUUAUUUAAUUAGGUUUCUGGGAAAGGGAGGAAGACAAAGCUCUUGUGGCUGAGCAGGAAGAAAAGCAUUUUGAUUUGAGCCUGGUAACUCUGCAGUGGAAAUAAUUUAUACUGACUUACAGCAACCUGAGUGAAAUGUAGAAGGUCAAGAUACCAGGAAAGUCUUGUACUACUAAAACUAAUUGGGACUUGACUGGAUUUUUUUGUCUGUUUAUUUUUCAGGAAUGACAGAAUCAGGCUAAUAAUUAUCAAACCUUUGCCUGAGAGCAAUAAGAAUUCUUAUGGAAGAAUGUCAUAUGCCUUAUUUGUUUUAAAAAAAAAAAAAAACACAGGUACAUAACAUUUAAGCAAAAUGCCAACAGGGUGAUAAUCAACUGUGAAUUAUUGUUGUCAGUGUGUGUCUAGUAUUAAGACGACUAUAUAAAUAGAUGAAAAAGUUGUCAAUAAGAGUUUUGUGUCUUUGAGUAUCUUAAUAUUCAGCUGUAAGAGCUUUUUAUCUUUAGCUUUGUUACAAAUAUUAAAUUGGUGAUGCUGAAGUGACUGCUUUAAGAUGGGGUUGCUUACUUGUUUACAGAUUAGCUGUGUCUGAUUUUUUUUUGAUCUGAAACUCAAACAGUGCCCUGAAUUAAAAAAAAAAUAAGUGAAGGGACUCUAGCUUGCUAUACAUAUAAAACACUCUUUUCCUUUCCUGCCUGUCAUUUUCCCUGUUUCAAGUGUUGAAGUAACUGACUGCCACUACCUUAUUGAUUACCCUUUCCUUCUUAGAAGAACCUUCUAAUAAGUUUCCAUGGAACAUGCCUCCUUUACACUAAUAGCUAAUGAUGGAGGUGGACAGAGGUUCUCCAGAAAGAUCUUUAGGAUGUUUCAGGCUUUUAUUAGUGCUUAUACUUUAAUGAAUGAGCAGACAAAAAGCAGAAAACUGAAACAGGAGGUGGGUGUGCGUCCAAGCUAAUAAACACUUUAAGAAUGGUGCUUGGGUUUUGUUUGGAAGGAGAGAAGUGAGAUGCAUCUGCAGCUGCCCUCCUCAGCUCAGGAGUUUAGUGUGAGAGAAUAGUUACUGAAGGUGAAUUUUCUUAGUGCAUUCUCCAGCUCUGUGCUACUGGAAAAGAUGCCAAUAGUUUGUUGAUGGGUAGGGAGGAAAUGUAGAAAACAUUUUAAACUAGUAGGAAUUCUUGCUGAUAAGAGUAGGUUUCAGUGGGAGGAGGAUUCAGUUCAACAGCUCACCCUAAGUUGAACAGUUCAGUUGAUUUCAGCUUUCAGCUUUGCUUGUCUUCUGAUGUCUUUGCUGUCUUUUGCUUUUAUUGGUUAACGUUUUGUUCCACACAGCAGGACAGCAGGAAGCUAGUCCAGUGAGUUCUCAAUAAAUAACCUUUGUUAGAGGGGAAAUUCCCACGUCAGAAUGGGGUAAACUCUUUGAGUCAUGGGCUGUGGCAGCUGUAGUUGGAUGUGCCAAAUGUAAUAUGGACCAAUUAAUCAAAUACAAUAAUUGAAUUUCAAAACCUUGCUCUGGCAGGUUUCUAAAUUUUGAAUGUCAGUGGGCUUUGCAAAUAACAGUAUGUAUUAUAGUCUGUAAUAAUCUAUAUCUGUCUUGGUGGCCUUGUUCUCGUAUUAAAAACAAAUGACACUGACUUCUUCAAUAUCUCUUUGUUCAUUAAUGUUGAGGGUGAGUUUUUCUCAGUCUGCUUUGAGUGAGGCAUGCUCUGGCAGGCAACUUCAGAAACACAGUUAAGCUGGCACCUAUCUUUUAGCAUAACAAUUGUUGAUUGAUGAAUACUGUGUUGAAAUAAUUGACUUGAAGAAUAAGCCAGGAUGUUCAGGAAAAGAAUCUAUAGAAAAAGCUGCUUUGUAACUGCCAUAGGCUUUGCCUUGUAAAUACUGUACCGAGUGUGCUUGUAAAGGCUUGCUUGCAGGCAUUAGCAUGAUUACUAACAUUGAGAGCUGACCCUACCUCAAUACCAGUGGUUUUUUUUUGGGAAAAUGUAAUGCAAAAAUAAUCCAAUUUCGGAAUACAACACAAGAAGAUAUCUCUUUAUCUACUACUUCUGUUAAGCAAGUAUCUGAAUUUUAUAAAAAUUCAGAUUGGAGCUUUGGUAGUAAAAUGAUAAAUUUGUAAAAAGCAUUGUAGUAACCAUUCACCCAAAACACAACACUGGAGGUGGUAGUUCUGAAGUCUGUUCAGUGUAGUUGAUUUAGGUCAUUCUUAAAACCUGAAGUAUUUUGAGGAUAAGCUGCUCACUUGAUGACUCUGCAUUUUGUGGUUUACCUCACAUUCAGGAUGUAUGUGAAGCAAGGAUUCGAGAUGGCUGGAAAUAUACUUGAAAAGUAGAUCUCUGGACAAGCCCGUAGUUUAAUUCAGGCUUAGCUUUAGGCCUGAACAGUGAAGUGCACCUACCUAUUUGCUUGAACUAUGAGCUAAGUGCCAUUUGAAUAGCAGGAACACAGUUGAUGUGUAAAAGCAAGAUAAUUUAAACCUUGAAACAGUUGGUCUAAAAUUGUUUCUCAUAUGAAAAACAGAAAAUAAAGCUGUGCUCAAAGGAUGGGGGGAUAUGUACAAGAACUGCGCUGUUGCUGAAGGUUUAGCCCUGCAGGUUUUUUCCUGCAGCUUAAGUAAAGCACCCCCCUGUUACAUGCACAAAAACUUGCGAAUAACUGAGGCAGUUAGUAUACAAUGCUGAGUAAUAGUUGAAUUACAUUUGUCAUUACAUUAUAAUAACAGAAAAACCUUUUAAGCAAUGGUGAGGACUUAAUUCUAUUGAGUUGGCUAAUAAUGCAAUGGUCUUAAUGAUUGCUUAUAAAGUGAUUGCAGCAAGUUGGAGUUAAUUUACUUGACUGAUGACUAAUGCUAAGAAGUUGAUAUUUUGUAUGUGGAAAGGCACAAGUGGUUUAUGUAGGCAAUAUAUAUAACUGAAAAAAGAUGUAUAGAAUGUCUUGACCUAGGCAGACCUAGACUUCAGGUAAUUAUAAAACUGAAUAUGAUCUUAGGUGGUUGGUCAUGAAUGCUUAAGGUAUAUUAAGCAAUACAUUAAUUAUGUAGUACUUGUAAAAGGGUUGAAAAUUAACCAAAUGGUCAUGGUUUAGGAGUAAGUUGAAAAACCAAAAACUGGGUGAAAACACAGCAUGUUGAAUGCAUUUUCAGUUGGAAAUAAGUAGUGGCUCUGAGUCAAUAAACCUACUGAUGUAACUCUUGUACAACAGAAACUAAAAAAACAAACUUGAACCAUUAACACCUGGAUAACUGGAAACUGAAUAAGAGGAAAAAGAGUGAAGAACUGUACUGAGUUUAUUCUCUGAAAUAAGCUGGCUUAUUCAGUUUAAUCUAAUUUAUCUAACAAAUGUAAUACUAUUACAGGUGUCUUUUACUUCAAGCUUCAGAAACUGAUGGAAAGUGAUGAGUGUAUUUCUUGGUCAGUAUAUCUUAAAAAUAUUGUAAAAGGCAAUGGUCAGUGAGACGUAAUGUGCUAUUUAAUAAUAGGUUAUGUUGGAAAAUAAUCCUCGGGGGUGUUUGUAAUCUGAGGAGUGAAAUUUUGUGGCGUCUCUAAUUUUUCUCGCUCAAACAGGUAUAUCACUUAUUUGUAAUAGCAUGUAGUCUGCAACCAAAGCUAAAUUUUACUUUGUUGGUGUGUAAUACAGAAUUAGUUCUCAAAGGAUGAUGCUUUAUAAAUUUAGCUGAAAUUUACGUAAGAAUCAUGGUAAAAAUUAGAGGGAGAAAGGAAUAAAAGAAGAGACAUAAAUACGGGAUUUUUGUAAGAAAUAAUCAGAGUAUGGCUUCUGCUUUAGGUUAUGUUGUGCCUAGUAAGACUUUCCAGUUAGUACUCUGUUUCUGGUCCUCCCUGUUUCACUUUAAAUUGUCUCAGGCAAAUAUAGGAGUCAGGGCUAAAACUAGAAACACAGAAGUAGUGACAAAGUUUUCUAUAUCUGGGAAAGACAAAGUAGAGGUGGUAAAAGGCAAAGAACUUGCAAAUCAUAAACCAGAUUUGCUUCAUCUGAAUUUUGUAGCUGAACUAAUUAGUAGUGAAUGCUAACAAAACAUACCUAUUACAGUUCCAAUAGGCUGGCUAAUCCAUAGCAAACCUGAUUUUAUGUACUUGCUUGAAUUUGCAGUUCAAAAAACUCCAAGUUCCAGAUUAGAUUUGCCUUUUGGGGCUUCAGAAAUUUGAGACUUUGCAAAUAUCAGUAGUUGUUCCAGUGAGAGAGAGGCUGUAAUUACUUGAAUGAAACUUGACCGACAUAAGAACAAAAGUACCUGCUGAGGGCUUAUUGCCAAGUGUGGAUUUGUACUUAAGCAGAUAUAAUUACAUGGACUUUGUACCAGACUGUUUGACAGAUUAAAUUUCUACGAUAGUGCAAGAUAACCUUAGGUCACAGUCCAAAAGUAAGGUUCCUCAAAAUAUAUACUCACAGCUGUGGUGAUAAUCUAUCAAUUGAUAAUAAAUUUAUGUUGUUAGAUGCAGAAGUGUCAAUGCCUGGUAUGCGUGAAGUCAGUGUAAGGACUGUGCGUUGGAAAGGAUCUUUUGCAGAAGUGCUGGAAAAAGUUGAGUGGGGUCCUUGCUUUAUUUGAGAUGCUUGGCUGCCUCUUGAAGCCUGAGACAACUCUCUACUACAGUCUGAGUCAGUGACAACUGACAUGCGAUGUUAGCCAAAAAAAAGGUUGGUUUGUUUAUUUAUUCUACCCUGGUUAUCAAGCUAAGAACUAAAUUGAUAUCAGGCAGCUUUUCACCAGCAGAUAUCGAGUGCAAUAUAAAUCUGACUGUUGCAUUAAGUAAAUAUUAAUAGGAUGUCUUACGUGGGUCUCGAUCAGUGGUGCUGGAUAUUGAGUGCAUGAACUCCAAUAGCAGCAGGGGUUCUAUUUUCAGAAGCCUCUGAGGAGCUGUGAUCUGAAGGUUCCUGGGAGAGCUGAGCGUGGGCUCGCAGUGAGGCUGCAGGUCACCACAGCCUGUUCCUUCGUGGUCAAGACUGUGGGUGGCAACAGUGGUAACCAGGAAUUCUUCCUCUUAUGUAAGAGGAAAAAAAUCCAUUGCCUGCUAUAGUGUAGAAGGAGCUGCCUAUUUUCGGAUGGCUGCAGUUGAGACCUUGAAGAGCUCUGUACUUGUCUGACAAGUUCAUUUAAAGUCCCGAUGAUGAGUAUGAACCAGCGUAUGUGCAUAUAGGUAGUGUACAAGCUGAUUUCUGCACCUUGCUUUUCUUGGGAAGGAUGUUAUUAAUAGAAAAAGAACUGGAAGAAGAUGGCACGUCAAAUAUAGAUGCCUUUGUGAAUAGCCAAGAAUGGACACUAAGCCGGUCUGUACCAGAACUGAAAGUGGGGAUUGUGGGUAACCUAGCAAGUGGCAAGUCUGCCCUUGUACACCGGUAUCUGACUGGCACGUAUGUCCAGGAGGAAUCACCUGAAGAUAUGGAUGCAGGUGGGAGAUUCAAGAAAGAGAUAGUAGUUGAUGGACAAAGCUAUCUGCUGCUGAUCAGAGAUGAAGGGGGCCCUCCGGAGGCACAGUUUGCCAUGUGGGUGGAUGCUGUUAUAUUUGUCUUCAGCUUGGAAGAUGAAAUCAGCUUCCAGACUGUUUACCACUACUACAGCCGGAUGGCAAACUAUCGUAACACUAGUGAAAUUCCAAUGGUACUGGUGGGAACCCAAGAUGCUAUAAGUUCCAGUAAUCCACGUGUCAUAGACGAUGCCAGAGCGAGGAAGUUAUCGAAUGAUCUCAAGAGAUGCACUUACUACGAAACCUGUGCUACUUACGGACUCAAUGUGGAGAGGGUCUUCCAAGAUGUUGCUCAGAAGAUCGUUGCAACAAGGAAGAAACAGCAGCUCUCGAUUGGGCCCUGCAAAUCUCUGCCAAACUCCCCAAGCCACUCAUCUGUGUGUUCUGCCCAGGUUUCUGCCGUACAUAUCAGCCAGACCAGUAAUGGAGGAGGGAGUUUAAGUGAUUAUUCCUCCUCUGUCCCAUCAACUCCAAGCACCAGCCAGAAGGAGCUACGGAUUGAUGUUCCUCCCACUGCCAACACACCAACUCCUGUCCGUAAACAGUCCAAGCGCCGAUCCAACCUCUUCACGUCUCGGAAAGGGAGUGACCCAGACAAAGAGAAGAAGGUCCUGGAGAGCAGAACAGAUAGCAUUGGAAGCGGUCGCGCAAUCCCAAUUAAACAGGGUAUGCUGCUAAAGCGAAGUGGCAAGUCACUGAAUAAAGAGUGGAAGAAGAAAUACGUGACGUUGUGUGACAACGGUGUGCUGACCUACCAUCCUAGUUUACACGACUACAUGCAGAACGUUCAUGGGAAAGAGAUCGACUUGCUGAGAACCACUGUGAAAGUCCCCGGGAAGAGGCCACCCCGAGCUACAUCAGCUUGUGCGCCCAUUUCCAGUCCCAAAACAAACGGCCUCUCCAAGGACAUGAGCAGUUUACACAUCUCGCCAAAUUCAGGGAACGUGACUACUAGCACAUCUGUGUCUCAGAUGGCAAGUGGCAUCAGUCUAGUCUCCUUCAACAGCCGCCCGGACGGUAUGCAUCAGCGCUCCUACUCGGUCUCCAGUGCAGAUCAGUGGAGUGAGGCAACAGUCAUUGCAAACUCUGGCAUUAGCAGUGAUACUGGAUUAGGAGAUUCUGUGUGUUCAAGCCCAAGUAUAUCCAGUACAACAAGCCCCAAACUCGAUCCACCUCCUUCACCUCACGCCAACAGAAAGAAGCACCGCAGGAAGAAAAGCACGAGCAAUUUCAAAGCUGAUGGUAUCUCGGGCACAGCUGAAGCCAAACGCAAAGCUUGGAAACUAAACCGUGUUGGUAGCCUGCGAAAUAUAUACAGCAGCAGCAGCACCAACACCGAAGAACAAGAAGAAAACUUUGAGUUUAUCAUUGUCUCUCUCACCGGCCAGACUUGGCACUUUGAAGCUACCACAUAUGAAGAAAGAGAUGCGUGGGUACAAGCCAUAGAGAGUCAGAUCUUGGCCAGUUUACAGUCAUGUGAGAGCAGCAAGAACAAGUCCCGUCUGACGAGUCAGAACGAGGCCAUGGCCCUUCAGUCCAUCAGGAACAUCAGAGGCAAUUCCCACUGUGUGGACUGUGAAGCACAAAACCCCGACUGGGCCAGCUUGAAUCUGGGAGCCCUCAUAUGUAUCGAAUGCUCAGGUAUACACCGAAACCUUGGCACGCACCUCUCCCGGGUCCGCUCCCUCGACCUGGAUGACUGGCCGAUAGAGCUCAUCAAGGUGAUGUCUUCUAUCGGAAACGAGCUGGCAAACAGCGUCUGGGAGGAGAGCAGCCAGGGCCACAUGAAACCUUCAGCGGACUCCACCAGGGAAGAAAAGGAGCGCUGGAUACGUGCGAAAUACGAACAGAAGCUCUUCCUUGCCCCACUGCAGUGCCUGGAGCUUUCUCUGGGCCAGCAUCUCCUGAGGGCUACAGCUGAGGCGGACUUGAGGACAGUCAUCCUACUGCUUGCCCACGGAACUCGGGAAGAGGUGAACGAGACCUGUGGAGAUGGGGAUGGGCGCACAGCCCUCCACUUGGCGUGCAGGAAAGGAAAUGUGGUGUUAGUGCAGCUCUUGAUUUGGUACGGCGUCGACGUGAUGGCACGCGAUGCCCAUGGGAACACGGCGCUGGCCUAUGCCCGGCAGGCCUCCAGCCAGGAGUGCAUCGACGUUCUCCUCCAGUACGGCUGCCCGGACGAGCGCUUUGUCCUCAUGGCCACCCCAAACCUGUCCAGGAAGAACAAUAACCGGAACAACAGCAGCGGGAGGAUGCCCACCAUCAUCUGAGGAGCUCACUUGUGUAUUCGCUGACCUGGAUUACAUCGCAGCCUCACAUUCCUCCAUCCCCAUCACAGCUCUGCUCUGUGAGUCUGGUAACUCUCCUUUUCCCUUUUCCCUCCGGUACAUCCCUGUCCCAUCCGGAAACGGCGCCUCUGGAGAGCGCGAGGGGAUGAGAAGGAGCAAAAGGGGCUGCAGAGAAAGCAGUUGUUUCAGUGACAGCUCUCGAACGGUGGAAACAAGCGGGUGAGAGCGCGUGGGUUUAGCAGGACAUGCCACGCGUGGCACCGGGACCAUGGGAGAGCGGUCGUCCCCGGGGUUGGGGACACAGGCUCCCCCCGAGCGUGCAGGGAAGGGGCGGAGGGAGAGGCGAGUGAGAGGAGAAGGAAGGAGAGAUGGUGACUCUCUGUAACUGACAGUUAAGCACAUCAGUACAUUUCACCUCUACCAAACGCGACGCCUGGAUUUCAUUCUCUUCUCUGAAGAGCUUGACGGCAUAAAUCAGAAGCAAGCACAGAGUUUGUCAGGUUUGAAGCUCCUAUGAUGGUAUGUGUCAAAUCAGUUGUAGCUAAUCUGUCCGGGGAGAAUACUGGCUUCAUUACACUUGUAUAGUUGAGUUCUUCCAGCAUUACCGCUGUUUAAUAGAACAUGAUUAGUCAUCACGGAGAAAAAAGCAUAUUAGCUGAGGAGGUAGUUACAUGGCACGCUUCGGUGAUUGCUUGGAUGUGAUUGCAAUAUUCUUAGAAGCAUCAUAUUAUCUCAGACAUGUUCUUUCAAGCCCUUGGAGCCCUCCUUUCUAAAUUCACUGUCAUAAUUUAGUAUCUGUUUAAUUUUUCAGUCCAAAGAGAGGAAAUGAGUUGCUGAGUGUUAUUUGACUGCAGUCUCCUUGGUGUAAAAACAAAAUGGAAAAAAUAAAUAAGAGUAACUAUGAAACACAAAAAGGAAUAAUGAAUACCGCUAAGGAAAAACAUUUCAAGUAUGUGUAGUGAAAUUAAUAAACGCAUUAAAGGCUAAUAUUUUUUCAGCCAGCAGAAAUAGGUUCUGUCUUUUUGCCAAGGUAAAUGUGUUGAGUUUUUGGUCACUCCUGUGAUGCAUUGCCUAACUUAUACAGAUUUUUGUAUUGUGUCUCUAGAUUAUAUGUAUGUAAAAUCUAUUUGAAUAAAAAAAAACAUAAAUAUGCAUUGAUUUUUUUUUUGUACAGAAAAUUACAUCUCUGUUAAUUUAUAAACUGUAAUGGAUGUGAAGUAGAUAAUGUGCAACUAGUUAGGAUCUGUGGGUUACAGAUCAUUGUACAUUGAAAAUAUUCCCAGCAGCAAACUCUUGUUUCCAUCGCAAGCCUUUGAGGAACAUAUCAGGAGAUUAUGGCACUUUUGGCAUGGGAAAAAAAAGUGGAUGAGACCUAUUUGAAAGGAAAAAGAGGCUGUUUCUCAGCGCUGUAAAUAUAUUUUACUCCAGAAGUCACGAAGCUUUCACAAGCCAAGACAAAAAGCCCCAGCCUGGCUGAGGGAAGAUCAGAUUUGAUUAAGUUCAGAAUUGAUAGCCUUCACCGCGGCGGGCAGGGCAUGGCUGCGCUUGACUCCCAACUUGGCUGCUUUCGGGAAGAAAAAUGGCUUGUGAAAGUAGCCUGGACAGUUCAUUUGAAUUCCAAGUUUUAAUACUUGAUUUGAUUGUUUUGGUAUUACCAGGCAGAUCCCAGCUUCUCCUGUUUUCAACGGAGGAGGAUUCUGGAAUGGGGAAGCAGGCUGUAUGGUUUUUGGCAGGCAGAAAAGUGAUUUUUUUUUUAAGUGGAUUAUGGCAAUGUGAAGAUGUGGAAGAGGGUAUAUCACGGAGAAAGUUGAAAACUCAACUGAAUUUGAUGGCAAAGGAGCAAUUUUGUGAAGGCAGUGAGGUGCACACAGCAUAGUAAUUUGCAAAUCUACCUGCUCAUAUGUAUUUCCCAAGCCUUCAGUGGUGCUCUUCCUUGGGGCUCUGGAUUUCCUUUCGCAUAUAAGUGGGAUGAGUGUAGCAAUUGCUAAAUAAAGCUAUACGUGGACAAAAUGUGAAGGAAAAAAAACAUAAUCUGCGUAUCUUAAGGGGAAAAAAAGAUGUAAAAAUCAUCAAAUUGUGAAAGAAAAGUGAUCCUCAAGGUGGAGACACGAGAAUAUUGACCAGCUUUUUCCUAUUUCGCGGUGUUCUCAUUUUGUACUUUGUUACUGUAUAGACAUUUAACUAUUUGGAGGGGAAACCUUUCUUCAACCAGCCCAGGCUGCUGCAUCAGAGUAAGGCUACAGCUGAUUCUCUUCAUACUGGGAUAAUUUUUUAUUUUUUUUUUUUUUAAUUGAGGAAGGGUGUCUGUUAUAAUUGCUAUUUCUCCAUCAUUCCCAUGCAGCUCCCUGAGCUUUGGUACUGAUGGGUGGUCCUUCAGCGAUGGGACAACCCCUCUAACGUGCAGCUGAAGGUGAUGCUGUGAAGCCCACUGUGUCUUGGUGCUCGUGAGUUUUACACCCCUCCAGGGGGACACAGCAGGGAUUCAGGAAUCAUGGUCCCAGAGGUGCUAUACCUGUCUGCUCUUGCCCUGGGAGCAUCACAGGCGUUGGUAUCGAAAAACCCAGUCCAAUAUUUCAAAUACAUGGUAGGCAGAUUUGCCACUGUUAAGUUCUUAAUGCAUGUUCCAUUUCUGAGCUGCGUGUUUUUCCUAGCUGAAAAUAUUUUCUGUACAUAAUUUAAUGCUCUCUUUGGGUCACCUUCCUCUUUUAAAGCUGAGAGUGAUAUUUGAGAAACAAGGGCAACCAGGCUGUCAUGCAGAUUUCAUGCAGAAGAAUUAUACGCUCCUUUCAUAAAAAUUUUCUGAAGGCGAAUCUUAAAGUAUAUAAUAUUUUUAGGGAAGGAUUUUACACUGUAUUAUAGGAAGAAUCCAGGCUAGCCAACUAAUAACCUCAUACUUCAAUUAAGCAGUAGCACAGUUUAAUUUAACCUAAACAUAGUUUUCCCUUGAAUGUGUAAGCAUUGUCAGUACCUAUGUUGAAGUGACGUAGAGUAUGCGAUGGUUUCCCUAAACAUGCAAGCAUCUAUGGGGAGGAUACCUGGAUGUACACACAAUGGCAAUCCCUUCAAAAGACAGGAGAUCUCCCAGCAGUGUGUCCAAGUCAGGAGAGCCCUUCUCUGGCACUGCAGCCGCUGAUGCUCCAGCCAUGGUAGAACAGACCCCGAGGGUCUGUGCCUCACGGUGUGUCGGCUACAACAUCUCCGCUUCAAACGGGUUUGGUUGCAUGGCUCUGAGAAGUUGUGCGGCACCUCCUGAGCUAGUAGGACAGGCCACCUGGCAAGGAAGUCAGUGUAGACUCCAUCCCUUUCUUGCACGGUGAAGUAGAGGAGGGAAAACCUUCCCACCACUUGCACGGUGAAGUAGAGGAGGGAAAACCUUCCCACCACAGCUGAGAAUGAGGAUGAAGUUCUCCAAGGCUGGAGCCCAGUGGGACUUGGCUUUGUGAGCUGAGGUCUCCAGGUUCCGCAUGUGUUUCAGGGAACGUGUUUGCACUUUGCAGAGGAUGUUCUUGAAGCCAUCCAGGUGCAAAAACAGGUGAUAUAUACUGACACUUGGAGAACCUGCAGGAAUCAUUCCCAUUGCUUUCACUCUGUUAACCCGUCUGCUUUCUGUUCUUCGUCUCGUGUUUAGCCCCUCUCGUUGCUUUUAUGGAACCCACUUGCCAGGCUGUUUAUGCCCUUUGAGCGUGUUAUGAGCAAAUUAAAAACAAAUUGAGAUCCAGUCAAUAAGAAAUCCCAGCAGAAACAUGUUAGCUAAAGCUGUUUUCUCCAAAAAAUGGAGUUUGCGGCUGUGAUUUUUGUUGCGUCCCCCAUUUAACCCUUUUUGUUAUCCCAGAUACCUUUAAAUCCCCUUUCCUCUGCACUUUAUCCACAACAACUAAAACACUAGAAGUGAAUCCACCAUUGCUAUUAACAUCAGCACUUUGUUCUGUUUAUUUUAAGCUAAUUGCUGUUGGAUGGUGGAGAUGAGUCGGAUGUGUUGUAUCCAGCUUCUGAACCUUGCUAUUCAUGAGGAAAUAAGAUGUAACCUUUGGAAAAUUCAGGGUCCUGCCAGUGCAGCGAUUUGGCCAAGGGCUCCCAUUACCAGAUUUCUGGUUUCAUUGCUAAAAGGAAGCAGAAGAAAAGCUAUUUGUAUAGAGCCUUGGUAUGUUCUGAGUUAGAUGCUGCUCAGAAAGCCAGGUGAGCUCCUAGAAGGCAGAGAGGAUUUUUUAAGCAUUUGGGCAUAGUGUAUAAUAACUGUAAACAUUAAUAUUGUUUAAUUUGCUGUCUGUUCCCUGUUUCCUUAAAUUAUGUGUGUUAGUGCAAAAAAAUCUUUAGCUGCACUUGGCGAUUUCCCCUGGCCAGAGGAAGCUGAGUAACGUAGGGAGAGAGGAAUAGAGGUGGGAAUGCAGAUACGGGCUUAGAUAUUAUCUCUGGCACUGUAAUGUAGUAUAAUUAGAUUAUAUGGGGUUUGGAUAGCUUCAUCUUUUAUAUUUGUAUGGAGAUCGGGAGAAAUGAAGUAAUUUGUAGUUUCUAGUAUAAAGUAGUAAUGGUGGAGACAAGCACAGAUUUCACAAGGGGGUCCCGAAAGGGCCCUUUCCAAAUGACUCGGGGAGCCGCGUUUGCACCUUAACAGGGAAUAAAUGGUCAUUGUGGCUGGAGGGACUCGUGGUAAAAGAGUAGUUGGGGACCAACCUCAGGCCACCUUGGCUGGAUAGGACACAACUUGCCCAUCCACAUCUCAUCAGCGAGCAUCUUUGUUUCCAAUGUGUACAUGGGAUCUCUGGCUAUUAGUCUUGGAUUCUCAGUUCAGCACCUGCUUCUGUUGUUAGUGAUUCGUGGGUAAAAUCUAUUGUGUAGAAAACCAUUCUUGCAUGUUCUUGUGUUUGUUGCAUGGCAGAAAAAAACAAAACACACUCCAGAUUAAAGUUCUUUUUAAGGUGGAAAAACACUAAACCUACCCCAAAUUAAAAAGUUCUGCAACGAGUUUUGACUUCUUACAUUCUAAGGUGCAAAAAGAAGGUUGGUUUGAAUGGUUUUGUUUGAGAACAACUUCCUGUUUAAAAAAGUAUAAAGGUAAUAGAGCAAAAUAUCCAAAGCUGUAGGUAGGUAGAUUUGUUGUAUUACGAUAUUCUAGGUUCUGGGUUGUUCUUUAGUGUGGGCCAUUUUUUAACGUAAAUAUUGGGUGGUCUCGUCUCAUGACUGUUUACCUUGAGUUGACUGAAUCUGUUUCACGUUUUAAAGGGAGGUUUGAAGGGUUUUGGCCAAGAUUUUCAGGAGCUGUGAAUAGUUCAUGCUGUGAGAGGAGGAUUGCAUGAUUUCUGAAAAUAAAAGGUUGCUUUGGUUGGUUUUUUUUGUUUUGGUUUGGGGUUUUUUUGAGCCAUUGUAGGCCCCAAAUCACUAGGCAUGCUUCUGGUUGUCUUGGCCCCUGUGUUUCAUUUCAAGUCACAGCAAUGUGUGGAUGAAUUAACUCUCAUCAUUUACAAUCAUUCCUGAAUGUUCAGGGGGAGUUUGCUUGUGGGCAGAUGAAGUAAAAACACCUUGCGCUUCAACAGUUUUAGCCUCUUCAUCUCUGUAUGUCCACCUGUCUCCUAAAUCCCUGUGGCAUAUCCAAGACUGACUAUUUUGCAUUGCUUCAGAGCUAGCAAUUUUUACCUGUGUUUUAUGUACAAAAUGUGAAGGUGGGGUGGGUGGGGAUGCUUACAGAGGUCUAAUGGCAUGGCAUGUUGCUUGCUGGCAGUGAAUGCACCAUCAGCUCUUUUGUGUAUACCCCGUUUUCCAGAACCGAUUGGUGUUUUUUUGUUUUUGAGAACUGAAGUAGCUGAAAACACUUUCCUGGUCCUCUCAAAUGACAAGGUAGAGUAAAGCCCCUCACAGCAACUCGAUAUAGGGUCUGAUCUGUGCUGAGGGCAAACCCCAAGCUCCGGCAGGACCGAGGAAUGGUUUUGAUGCUGAAGGUGAGUUGUGAUUUGGCAACUAGUUCCCAGAUCUGGGACUGAGUUGGUAGAUGAAGCGCAGUCAAGGUGGUUGGAGUCCUAUGGCCGUGUAUCACAUGGAGGUCACUAACUACAUGUGCUUUGCAUUUGGGGUGUGUGCUUAUAGAUGCAUAUAUGCUCUACAUGCUGCUACUAGCAAUUGUGGAAAUGUACACACAUACAUUUACACAUUAAUCAAAACCAAUAUCUAGAGCCAGGUGUUUGGUUAGAUGUUUAUAAACAGGCAAGCUUCCCAUUUGAGCAAGAACAGCCAUUUCCAAGAGUGCAGGAGGGGGGACGUCUGCUCGAGGGGUGGAGAGAUGCAGGAAUACAAGGCACAGGCUUAGUGAGGCCCUUGUGAGCCAUCAGGCACUCAGGACUCUCACAGAUACCUGCCUCAGGUAUUCAAGCAAAUCCAGCUCCUUCAGACAGCAACACUCGACUUCAGAAAACUUUUGACUUGGUCACUGGGCCCUAGGGCAGCCCUUUGCUUGAGAGAAGGAAUCCAGCCCCACGCUGUUAUCGUGGGAAAUGCUGGGAAAGGAGAUACUGAAGGUGAGAAGAACAGAGGACUUGCUGCUCAGAGGCCAUUUUUUAUAUAUACAUUUGCUUGAAACUCAGCUUACUGGCUGAAUUUAAGUGCAGGACCAGUGGGCUGCCCUCCUAUGGCUGGUUCAGCAAUGCUUCAGGUCCUGCUGCUGUUUGUGGGGCCAUUGGGGAUGAUGGCGGUGAGAUGUUUCUGAAGAGCGUUUGCCAGGUGGGACAGAGCACCUCCUCAUCCCUCCCUCCACAUAUUUGCAGCCAUUAUGCUCUAACCCCAAAAUUCUGCCAUGAGGGAGUGACAAACCUCAGCUAACAUGUGCUGAGGCUUUGCGUGUAUCAAGUAGUCCAGGAAAACUUGACAGAGUGUUUUCAUACCGUUUCUACCCUUGCUUUCGGUUUACAGUGGUAUCGGGAGAAAUCAACCAGGAGAGGGCAAGCCUGACAGGGUGAGAAGGAUGUUUGCUGGAGCUGGGCAAGGUGUGGUAGGAAACACAGCUGGGUACAUGUGGUGGGAGAAUCACUUACUUCCCUUCUUGCAUCUGCGACAAAGUAAUUUCUUUGAAACGCUGUGGAAAACCCCUCCAAGCAUUUUUGCCAAUGUAUCUAGAGAUUAAAGACAUUGAAUCUAUGGAGCUUGUUUUGCAAAUCCACAGGGCAAACAGGACGUACCUGUCCUCUGAAAGCACAGCCCCUCGCUCCGUGGGAAUACCAAGUUUCCAGGGGACCACACGCAUUUGGUCCAGCCCUCUCUUAUCAUUUUAAUGUCGAGAGCAUCUUUCGCUUGUAGGCCACUUGCAUAGGUGGGUGCACAAACUGAAGUGGGGUGUUAUUUAGAAAGGGGAGUUCUUGGAAACACUGGGGGCUUGUUUUGUGUAACGAUUGCCUUUGGGCUCUGGUUUGGGAUUGCCGGGGCCCAGUUCUGCAGCUCCUGCUGCAUUAAACCUCUCGACUUCAGCGGAGUUUGAGUGUAUCCUGAAUCCUUUGCCAAAGUCCAAGGGAAAAUGGCUUCAGGAUGGCAGAGUUGUGCACGGAUGGGCUGUAUCCUGACCCCUCUGAAGUCGGUGUUUGGCCCCUGGUUUCAGUGAGGUUGUGAUUUGAGGUUCAGUCUAGCCAGCACCUUUAUUUUGGGAGGCACCAUCAGCACCACUUGGGUGUUUUUCUUUAUUCUUUAACCUGUGACCGCCUGCAAAGGCUAGAUUUUAUGUUUGACUGUGUUUAGCCCCCAAGUCUUUCAGUUUUUCUGCUUUGUGAUGUUUGUCUUUCUGGUUGGGAAGGGGAGAAAGGGAGCCCAGGUGAGUAGGGACACCUGGGACCUCUUAUUGGGGUAGAGGCAGAAGAUAUCUAGCAUAUGGCAGAUAUAUAGCAAGCUUUGGGGUUUGUUUUUCUGUUUCUGUAAAUAGUAAUGUAUAAAUGAUGACAAGACAGUGUGGAAAUUAUUAAAAAAAAAGUAUUUUGUUGUUGUUUUUAUAUUACCUCAUUCAGCAAGUUUGUUUUACAAUGACUCAUUGAUGCUUUAUUUAUAUUGUUUGUACUGUAAUUAAACCGAUUGACAAACUUUUCACUUUGCUUGUUGCUUCAUAUGAUUUUGGUUUGAUUAAGUAUGCCAGUUUGUAUUAUGUUUCCCUUUCCUCUCUCUCCAUGUUGAGAUUUUUGUGUCAGCUGUACAGUAUUCUGAAUAAUUAAAAAAAAAAAAAGAAAAAAAGUUGUAAAGUACUGCAGAGAGAGGCUGCUAUAUUGUAUAGGUCUCUUUCUAAUAAAGACAAGAAAACUUGUUUGUCACA